AGGAUGGAGGGCGAGGAGGACGGGGCGGGGCGAGUCAGGGAGCUGCAGGAGCAGAGGAUGGCGGUGCAGAAGAAAACCUUCACCAAGUGGAUGAACAGCGUCUUCUCCAAGAACGGGGAGAACGUGGAGCUGACCGACGUCUACACGGAGCUGAAGACCGGCGUCGCUCUGAUUCGUCUGCUAGAGCUCAUCUCCAAAAAGACGCUGACUCCGCCCAGCCGCCGCAAACUGAGAGUCCACUGUCUGGAGAACAACAGCAUCGCCAUCAGCUUCCUCAAAACCAAGGUUCGGGUGGAUCUGAUUGGUCCUGAGAAUGUGGUGGACGGGGACCGUACGCUGAUCCUGGGUCUGUUGUGGAUCAUCAUCCUCAGGUUCCAGAUCGGCCCCAUCGACCUGGCCGAGGAGGGGGGCGGAGCCAGUGUGGCUCAUCGCUCGGCGAAAGAGGCUCUGCUGAUCUGGUGUCAGAGGAAAACGUCGGAUUACGACGGCGUCGACGUGCGCGACUUCUCGUCCAGCUGGAGGAACGGACUCGCCUUCAACGCCCUCAUCCACGCACACCGGCCUGACCUUUUUGACUACCGCCGUCUCCAUGGCGACGACCCCCGUCGCAACCUGGAGCACGCCUUCUCUCUGGCGGAGCGGGAGUUUGGGAUCAUGCAGCUGCUGGAGGUGGAGGACAUGGUGGUCCCUCAUCCAGACGAGAAGUCCAUCAUGACCUACGUGUCCCUGUACUAUCACUACUUCUCCAAGAUGAAGCAGGGACAGACCAUCCAGAAGAGACUCGCUAAGAUAGUUGGGAUGCUGAUGGAGCUGGAUGACAUGAAGGUCCAGUAUGAGAGAAUGGUCUCAGAUCUGCUUCACUGGAUCAAAACCAAGGUGCUGCAGCUGAAUGACAGACGAUUCCCAAACUCUGUGAGGGAGAUGCAGAAGCUGAUGAUGGCUUUCAAGACCUACAGAACUGUAGAGAAGCCUCCCAAAUACCAGGAGCGUGGGGUGAUUGAAGCUCAUCUGUUCAGUCUGAAGACUCAGCUUGCAGCCAACAACCAAUGGGCUUACAAUCCUCCAGAGGGUAAAACCCUGAGUGACAUAGAGAAGAGUUGGGUUUUGCUGGAGAGAGCUGAACAUGAGCGAGAGCGAGCUCUGCAGGAGGCGCUGCUUCGCCUGGAGAACCUGGAGCAGCUAGCCCAGAAGUUUGGGAGGAAGGCAGCACUGAGGGAGGGGUAUCUGGAGGACACGGUUCGUCUGAUCCGGAGGCAGGACAUCCGAGGCCUCUCCACCCUGGUGGAGGCUCAGGCAGCCGGCCGGCGUCUGGAGGCCCUGGCCACCGACGCUUUGGCCAGAGAGCCGCGAUUCUCCGCCCUGAGAGACAUGGCCAAGACCAUCGAGAGAGGAAACUACCACAGCAAGGAGCAGAUAAUCAGGAGAGAGGAGAGCAUUAGCCAUCGAUGGAAGGACCUACUGCAGCAGCUCCAAGAGCAGAGGGGGCUGCUGGGAAACGUAGUUGAAAAUCUCAGCGUCCUCCGAGACAUUGAGCUCGUCUCCCAGGAACUGAAAGAACUACAGUCCCAGGCCACUUCCUGUGAACUGGGGAAACAGCUGGCGGAGGCGGAGUCUCUCCUUCAGAAGCAGGAUCUCCUGGAAGCUCAAAUCUCAGGUCACGGUGAAACCAUCACCGCCAUCAGCAGCACAGCGCUCAAGGUGAAAGUGAGAGACGGUCAGCAGAUUCAGAGCAGAGUGAGAGCUCUCGACACUCAGUACAGAUCUCUGGUUUCCCUCAGCAGCAGCAGGAGGAGACAGUUGGAGGCUCAGCUGAGGUUGUUUGAGUUCUUCUAUGACUGUGAGGAGUUGGAGGCCUGGCUGUAUGAACGCUGGUUGAGGCUGCAGACGGCCGGACUGGGACGAGACCUCAGCCACAUCCAGCUGACCCAACACAAACACAAGGUUCUGGAGGCGGAGCUCCAGGCCCAGGAGUCUCUGUACCACGGAGUUGUGGGUCGAGGUCAGGAUCUGCUGUCCAAACAGAGUCAGGUCAACCAGCGAGCCAUCCAGAAGUGGAUCCGUACCCUGAAGAAGCAGUGGAGCCACCUGACCGACGAGGCGGUGGGACGCCGCAACAGACUGCAGGCGGCCGCAGCCAUAAAACAGUACUUUGCAGAUGUGGCGGAGGCCAACUCUUGGCUGGGCGACAGGAAGCCGCUGCUGACCAGCGAGGAUCAUGGGAAGGAUGAGUCGAGCACGGUGGCGUUGCUGCAGCGCCACCUGCGGUUGGAGAAGGAGAUGGCGGCCUACGCCUCCGAGAUAAAGAGACUGUCGGAGCAGGCGAGGAGCGCGGCGCAGCUAACCGCUCUGACUGCGGAGCCUCAGCAGAGUAAGAUGAUCCAAUACAGCGACUCAUCUGGGGAGGAGGAGGAGGGGUCAGGAGCGGUGACAUCACCGCCACCUAGCGCCAGGGGUGGGAGGGGCUCUGGGAGCUCCCCCUCUCAGAGUGAGGACAGCAAGGCCAAGGUCCGCUUCAGAUACAGCAAAGGUCAGUUUCUGUGGGAUCGUAAUGAGAUUGUAACCAUCGUCAACGCUGAGCCGGAUGGAGACCGAGUUCUGGCCAGAGACAGCCGAGGAAACCAGCAGCUCGUCCCCAAAACCUACCUGACCCUGCUGCCAGCCACUGCUCCUCCCCCCACCCCACCCGCCUCCACCAAUGGCGUGCCGGAAAGCCCGAGCAGGAAGUUGAGUCGUCCGAGGCGCAGCCGCUCGAUGCGUCGCGGCACGGCUGAGAUUCAGACAACAUGGCUGCCAGACCCACAGUACCAGAGAGACACUGUGGAGAGCACGCAGGCCAGCCUGGACCAGGACUACAACUCCCUGUACAACCUGGUCAAGUCAAAGACGAGGAGUCUGGAGGAGACGCUGCGUCUGCAUCGCUUCUACAACAGCUGCCAGGAGUUUGAGUCGUGGAUGGAGGACAAGGAGAACGUCCUGAACACCUUUAGCACCGACGCCAACAACCUGGGAGUGGUUCAGGCUAAAUAUGAGAACUUCCUGACUGAGUUGGCGAGUGGGCGUGACCAGUUGGAUGACGUCAUCAGAAUGGCGGAGGAGCUGGUGAAGAGCCGACACAGUAAACAGAGAGAGAUCCAGGCCAGACAGAGGAGGGUUUCCAACAGGUGGGAUCGGAUCCAGCAGUUGAAGGAUGAAAAAGGACACGAGCUGCUGAGCACAGCAGACGUGCAGUCCUUCCUGCAGAGCUGCGAGGAGGCUAAAGCUCAGCUGCAGGGUCAGCUGUCCCAGCUCGACACCGUGGACGUGGGCUGCAGCUCCUUCACCCUGCUGACCGAGGAGAAGAACCAGGUUCAGGCCCUAAGAGACAUCCAGGCCCUGGAGAGCAAGAUCGCCUACCUGAAGAGCGUUGCCAAGAUGAAGCAGGACUGCAGUCCAGCAGAGAGUGCAGCCAUCGUGGAGGAGGUUCGGGGUCUGGAGGCUCUGCUGAAUCAGUUGAAGCAUCAGGCGGCCGACAGACAGCAGCUCCUGGAGGAGGCCCGCAGGCUGCAGAGCUUCCAGCAGCGGGCCAAGGAGCUGAAGCGCUGGGCUGGCUCGGUGCAGGAGCGCCUCCUGCAGGAGGAGACGGCGACUGACGUGGCCUCAGCUGUCGCCCUGCUGGAACAACACCAGGAGCUCCAGCUGGAGAUGGAGGAGCAGAGGAGCAGGUUUAAGGAGAUGGAGAAGUUGGGGAAAUCCCUUCAGCAGGGCUCUUCCAAUGGGAAGACAGGGGGUGUCGACAUCCAAGAAACCCUGGACGAUUUCAAAGCUGAUUGGUCCAAGCUUGACAAGAUGUGGACCAGUAGGAAGGAGCGUUUGGAGCAGGGGGUGGAGCUCCAGAGGCUGAACCAGGAAGGAGACCGGAUCGAGGCGGCGCUGUCUGGACACGAAGCUCGACUGAGGGUCAAAGACGUCGGGGACUCGGUGGACAGUGUCCACAGUCUGCUGGGCCGACAGGAGGAGCUGGAAGGUCUCCUGAAGGCUUUGGACCAACAGGUCGAUCAUUUCACUGAACGCAGCCAGGAGCUCAUCAGCCAACAACACUACGCUGCAAAACACAUUAAGGAGAGGAGCAGGAGCAUCCAGACGGCCGACAGGAAGUUGAAAGAGAGCAGCAGGCAGAGGAGGAGUCUGCUGCUGGCCUCAAAGAAAUAUCAGGAGUUCCAGAGAGAUGCAGACGAGCUGCUGCUGUGGAUGGAGGAGAAGUUUAAGGUGGCGGAGGACGAGUCGUACCGCGACCCCACCAACAUCCUCCGGAAGCUGAAGAGACACGAGGCGGCUGAGAGGGAGAUGCAGGCUAACCAGGUCUGGCUGGACAGACUGGUUCAGCUGGGGCAGGAGAUGCUUGCUGAAGAGCAUGACAACAGUCAGAGCAUCAGGAGGAAGUCUACUCAGCUCUGCAGCCGGUGGAAAAGACUUCAGGACAAGAUGGCCGACAGAGGAGACAAACUGAGACAGGCGGGACAGCAGGAGCAGCUGAUGGAGCUGCUGCAGGAUGCCAAGCUGAAGAUUGAGGCCAUCCAGCGGAUGCUGAACAAUGCUGCCGAAGGUCACAACCUCCGCUCCAGCCGAGUGCUUCUGAAGGAGCACCAGCAGCUAGAGCAGGAGGCCAAGGAGCUGGCGGAAAAGAUCAACUCCAUCGUCAGCAGAGCCAAACGCAUCGCCUCCAAUCACUUCGACUCACAGAGGAUCCUCCAGGAGACCGACACUUACCUCACUCUGUUCAAGUCUCUCCAGAAGCCUCUGGACCGGCGUCGAGCUCAGCUGGAGGCGUCGGUGCUGCUGUUUGGGUUUUAUCAUGAUGUGGACCUGGAGCUCAGCUGGAUCUCUGAACAUGUUCCUGCCUCUGGAUCUACAGAUUACGACAAGUCUCUGGCUGGAGCCAUCAGUCUCAUGCAGAAACACAAGGAGUUGCAGGCGGAAGUGAGCGCCCACCGAAAAUACCUGAAUCACGUCCUGGAGAAGGGGCGGGGCCUGGCCAAAUCCAGCAAAUCAGACGGAGAGGAAGUGCUUCAGAGGUGCGGGCACCUGAGUUCAGAGUGGGAGGAGCUAGAGGAGGCCUGCAACAGGAGAGCAGCUCACCUGAGCAAGGCCAUAACCAGAGAACAGCUGCUGUUGGACUGCUCAGAACUGGAGUCCAGGCUGACUGAGAAACUCACUCUGGUGAACACCGACGACUACGGCAAAGACCAGCUGGCCACACAGAGUUUCAUCACCAAACACCAGGUGUUGGAGGGCCAGCUGGAGGUGCUGGAGGUGGAGGUGGAGGAGGUAGGAGACCAGGUGGAGCAGGCGGUUCAGAACUGGAGGCUGGGGGAGCUCAGCAGGCCCUACAGUCGCCUCAGCAGUCUGAAUCAGCAGCUGCAGCACCAGGCUGCUCUCAGGGGUCAGAGGUUAAAGGAAGUCCUCCAUCUCCAUGAGUUCAGACAAGAGUCAUCAGAGUUGGAGGACUGGAUGAACCAGCAGAGACAGACAGCAGAGUCUCAGGACCUGGGCAACGACUACCAACAUGUGCAGUUGCUUCGUGGGAAGUUUGAAGGUUUUCUGAAGCAGCUGGAAGUCGGAGAGGAGAGUCUGCAGAGCUGCAGCGACCUGGCUGCUCGACUGAUCCGCAACAAGCAUCCACAGAGCUCUGCAGUCAGAGAGACACUGCAGCAGCUCAGUGCAUGCUGGGACGAUUUGAAGAGCGUGGCCAGGGAGCGUCAGGAUCAGCUGCAGAGAGCCGAGGAAUGUCACCGCUUUUACCAAGACCUGACUGACGCACUGACACUAAUCCAGGAGCGACAGAAGAGCAUCCCUGACGAUGUGGCGAAGGAUUUGCGGGGAGUGAUGUCACAGCUGAGGAAACAUGAAGCUCUGCUCCACGAGCUGGCUGCCACAGAGCUACAGUUGCAGGAGCAGCUGGAUGCUGUCGACUCCAUCCUGGACCUCUGCACGCCUCAGUUGAAGCUCCGCCUACAGGAAGUGCAGCAGGAAGUGGUGGAGCGGUGGGAGGAGCUCCGACUACACACAGAGCAGAGGGAGGCGGAGCUAAAACUCGCAUGCCAGAGAUACCUGUUCCUUAACACGGCGCAGGAUUACUUCCUGUGGUGCAGCCAGCUGAUUGGUGUGAUGGCUGCUGAGGAGAGCAUCAGCGACGUGGCGACCUCCGACCUCCAGCUGGCCCAGCACCAGCAGCUGUGGGCCGAGAUGGAGGCCAGACAGGAGACCUACCAACAGGCUCUGGACAUGGGAGAGGAGCUGCAGACACAGGACAGGACCAACAGGAAGGAGGUGUUGGAGAAGCUGGAGGCCCUGCAGGCAGAGCGAGACAAACUGGAGGAGCAGUGGAACGAGAAACAAAGCUGGUUAGAAACUGUUCACCUGGAGCAGGUCUUCUACAGAGACGUUAACAGCAUGGACAAAACCUCCAGCUCACAGGAGAUCCUGUUGCAGAACAGCACUUUGGGAAACACAGUUGAUGAGACAGAAGGUUUGAUCAAACGCCAUGAAGCUUUUGAGAAGCUGCUCAGCUCGCAGGAGGACAAGCUGUCCUCUCUGAAGGAGCUGGCCGAGCGGCUGAAGAAGCUGCUGAGCAGAGAGAAGAGCGGACGGGUCCAAACCAAACUCAAGGCCCUCCUCCAGCGACGUGAUAGGAUCAAGGAGCUGUCCGUCAAACGCAGGGAGGAGCUUGAGCUUUCCAGGAUGCUGUGUAUCUUCAACCGAGACGUUGCCGAGGCUGAGGAGUGGGUGUCUGAGCGGAUGCAGAAGAUGGCGGAGGACGGUAAAGCUGACCUCAGCAAUCUGCAGGCCAAGAUGAAGCUUCUCCAGAAACAUCAGGUGUUUGAGGCCGAGAUCCUGGCUCACAGCGAGAUCAUCAGCUCUGUACUGCAGGCUGGGGAGGAGCUGGUGUCCCUUCGCCACCCGAGGUCCAAGGAGGUGAAGAGGAGUGCAGCCACCCUGAAGCUCCACUGGGAGGAGCUGAAGAAGGCCGUGGCCACCCGAGGGAAAGCUCUGGAAGAUAACAGAGACUUCCUGGAGUUCCUGCAGAAAGUCGAAGAGGUGGAGGCCUGGAUCAGACACAAGGAGGUGAUGAUUAAUGUCGGAGACGUUGGGAAGGAUUAUGAACAUGGAGUUCAGCUGCUGAAGAAACUCAGCGAGUUCAGGGGGACUGGAGACGGGGACGUGACGGUGGACGACGCUCACAUCACAGCCAUCAACAGACUGGCAGGCAGACUGGAGAAGAGACAGAGCGCUGAUGAACUGGUCACUGUUAGACAGAGGCGACAGCAACUCAACGACAGGUGGAGUAGGUUUCACGGAGAUCUGAACAAUUACAAGAAGAAGCUGGAGGGGGCGCUGGUGGUCCACGCCCUCAUCAGAGAGCUGGAGGAGGUUAGAGACCGAGCCAACGAGAAGAUGCUGCUGCAGGGUCAGGACUGUGGUUUUGAUGUGGACAGCGUAGAGAACCUGAUCAGACGCCACGAGGAAACAGAGAGAGAGGCCGGGGUCAUCCAGGAGAGGUCAAAGGCCCUGGAGAAGGAGGUCUCAGAUCACCUGAAGGCUCGAUCAGUGAUGAGCGACAAGCUGAAGAACAAACAGAAGGAGGUCCAGAAAGCUCUGAAGACUCUGGACAAGGAGGUGAAACACAGGAAGGAGGAGCUGCAGGAGGCCCACCAGCUGCAGCUGUUCAAAGCCAACCAGCGCCUCCUGCUGGAGUGGAGCAUCAAACAGAGCAGCGAGAUGGCAGAGAAAGGCCUUCCCAAGACCAGAGUCGAGGCCGACCGGCUCAUCGUCGAGCAUCAGGACUGGAAGACGGAGAUCGACGCCCGUGCCGAGCGCAUCGACUCUGUUCGGGACUUCGGUCAGGGUCUGAUCCGGUCGAGUCACGGUUCGAAGGCGGAGAUCCAGAAGGCCCUGAACCAGCUGGAGGAAGCCAAAUGCGGACUGGACCGAGCCUGGCUGAACCGCAACACGACCCUGGAGCAGGCCCGAACCCUGCAGGUCUUCCUGGCCUCUCUAGAGCAGUGUGAGAGCUGGCUCAGCAACAAGGAGGCCUUCCUGUCCAAUCAGGACCUGGGGAGCUCGGUGACAGAGGUGGAGACUCUGCAGAGGAAGCAGGCUCAGUUUGAGGAGGCUCUGGAGGCUCAGGUGGACCAGCUGGAUGAGGUGGAGAAACUGGCCCAGAAGAUGAUCCAGCAGAAGCACUACGACUCCGACAACAUCAGAGCCAAGAGCAGAGCGCUCGCUAGCAGGUGGAGCCAGCUGCAGCAGCAGAGCAGAUCUCGUCACAAAGCUCUGGAUCGAUCACUGCAGCUGCAGCAGUUCUUGUCCAGCAGCUACCAGGUGUGCGUGUGGCUGAACGAGCGUAAUGCUGUGGCGUUGGAUGAGAGCUGGAGGGAACCAACCAACCUUCAGGCCAAACUGCUGAAACAUCAGAGCUUCGAAGCCGAGAUCCUCGCUAACCGCUACAGACUUGACACGCAUACAAAGGAAGGAGAGAAGCUGCUGUCGGAGUCUCCGUCAGCUGAAGUGAAGGUUCGACCUCGACUCAGAGAGCUGACCGACAGCUGGGACGCUCUGAUCCACAACUGUAAGGAGAAGAAAACCAGACUGCAGGAGGCCUACCAGGCGCUGCAGUUCCAGCGUUCAUUGGAUGACAUGGAGCAAUGCGUGUGGUCAGUGGAGAGGGAACUGGCCAAUGAGGACUGUGGAAGCGACCUGCCGUCUGUCAACAGGCUGCUGAAGGCUCUGCAGGGGCUGGAGGAGGAGGUGGAUGGACACAGAGACAGAAUUCAGGGUCUGGUGGAAACAGCGAAGAGCUUCCACUCGCAGGGAAACUUCCUGGCUGAGGAGAUCCAGACCAGAGUGGCACACACCAUCAACAGGUACAACAGUCUGUUGGAGCCCCUGCAGAGUCGGAGGGAAACCCUGGAGGCCUGGCAGGUUCUGUUCCAGUUCUACAGAGACCUGGAGGAGGAGGUGGCCUGGCUGAGCAACAGACUGCCCUCCAUCACUGCUAAAGACUUGGGGAGAUCCCUGAGCAGCACCCAGCAGCUGCUUCACAAACACCAGGCUGUGAUGCAGGAGAUCUCAAGCCGCGCCCCAUUGGUUCAGGCAGUUCAGGAAGCGGGGCAUAGUCUGGUCAGAGGUCGUCACUUUGCGUCUCACGACAUCCGGGAGCGUCUGGAGGAGUUGAAGACGCUCCAUGAGGAGCUGAUGAUGGAGGCGGAGAGGAAGGGGAAACUCCUGCAGGAGGCGCUCAGCAUCCACACCUUCCUCUCUGAGGUGUCUGAGCUGGAGCUGUGGUUGGAGGAGCAGCAGGCAGGUUUGGAGUCUCGGGACUGUGGGAGGAACGAGGAGGCAACGGAGGCUCUGCUGAGGAGGCUGGACUCUGUGGAUGUGGAGCUGGAGAACCAGAGAAGGACGAUGGAGAGGCUGCAGGAGAGCGGAGCCUCACUGCAGCACCUCGGACAUCCCAACAGCCACCUGGUCAGUGAGUCUCUCCCAGCUGUCCUCGAACACUUUGAGGCUCUCCUCCGACUCUCCUCCACUCGUCGCGCUGCUCUGGAAGACCAGCUCCGCCUUUACGUGUUUGAGAGAGAAGCCAAAGAACUACAAACAUGGCUGACCUCCAAGAAGACUGUGGCAGAGUCCAAGGACUGCGGACAAGAUCUGGAGGAUGUAGAGGUCCUUCAGAAGAAGUUGGAGGUUCUGGUGUCGGAGAUGUCGGGUCUGGGUCGGAACCGGCUGACCUCAGUACAGCAGCUCGGCAGAGGGCUGCAGCAGGACGGCCAGGCCCGGAGGAGGGACGACGCCCUCAGCAGGCUGUGGGACGACCUCAACAGCAGCAUCAGGACCAGAGAACAGAGUCUGCAGUCAGCGAGGGAGAUUCAUCAGUUUAAUCACGAUGUGGACGAGCUGAAGGGCUGGAUGGCUGAGAAGGAGGCUGUGCUGGACUCAGAGGACCAGGACCUGCACUCCAUCCAGACUCUGCUGAGACAACACGAGGCGCUGGAGAGGGACCUGGUUCUGAUCUCUGAGGAAGUGACCAGGAGCCGAGAGGAGGGCCGGGCUCUGAGCAGACGACAGCCUCAGGCCAGACCUGCUGUGGCUCAGAGGCUGGAGGAGCUGGAGGCCUGCUGGACCAGCAUCCAGGACAAGGCCUCCCAACGCCGCGCCAGACUGGGCCAGGCUGAAGACGUGCAGAAAUACUUAUCCCACUGCACUGAACUCAUGGCCUGGCUGAGGGAGAUGCUGUCUCUGGUACGAGGGGAGGCGCUGAGCGUGGAGGGAACUGACCUGGAGCAGCUCAUUAAAAAGCACGAUGAGUACCGCGUCCAGAUUGACAGACAGCUCAGCAAAUCACAGGCUGUGAAGGAGGAAGGGGGGCGCCUGAUAGAAGAAGGAAACUUCAUGUCCCAAGAGGUGGAGGAGCGUAUCUGUGAGCUGGAGGAGCUGGAGGUGCGGAUGGAGAAGGUUUGGGAGGAAACCAGGCUCCUGUAUGUGGAGGAGCUGGAGAUUUCACUUCUGCAGAGGGAGCUGGAGCAGGCAGAGCGCUGGCUGAGCUCCUACGAAAACACACUGAUGGCUGAGGACUACGGGGACUCUGUGUCGGAUGUUAUGGAGCUCCUGAAGAGGCAGGAGGACUUGGAGGCCAUGAUCCAGGCCCAGAGCGACCGCUUCAUCGCACUGCAGGAGAAGAAAACACAGAGGGAGAAGAGACUGGGUCUUCAUGGAAAUGAGGACAUGGACCCUGAGGACAGAAAACCUCCAGCCAGAGUUUCAUCCCUGAGGAGUAAACCGUGGGAUCCAAAGACCCCGUGGGUCUCUUCCUCUAGAGACAUUGUCCGUCGAGUCAGCAGUGGCAGGACGGACAGAACAAUCAGAUCGUCCAGGCUAGACAAAAAAACAGACAGUACCCAGGUGGGGACCGGUCUCACAACCUCUGCUAGCACCCCACCUAGCCCGUCUCUCCACCCUGACUUGAAGAGACGCUUUAGCUCCACCAGGAAGGCUCAGAAAUGGGAGGUGGAAGACGAGGCUAACAGUCCUCCUGUUGGUCCCAGCUCCAGCCCGACUUUAAAACCCGGGAGACGUCGAACCAGCCACUCAAACGUGACGCCUGGCACUCCCCUCAGAGCAUCAACUGACUCCUCCUCUCCAAAACGUCCUGAAUCACCUCCACCCUCCUCCCCCAAACCUCCCGUCUCCCCUCAAACCUCCGUCUCCUCUUCAUCUAAAGAGACUCCUGAGGAAGACUGUCGUCCCAGAUACAAACCUCCUCUGGCUCCAAAGCCUAGAAUCUCCUCCACAGAGCGGACGUUCGGACGGCGCUCUGAGCCCCCAAACCAACCGGAGAAGCCCGCUACACCACCUGACUCACCUCCACUAAUCAGAGAGCUUGUUGCUCCCACUGAGCUGCCUCCUCCACCAGUCUCAGACAGAUCCUCUCCCUCUGAAGCACCAACGCCUUCAACGAGGAAAGAGCUCCACAACCUGGAAUCACCAAUCAGCCAACAGCCUGAUCUUCCUGAUUCUCCAACUCCACCUGCUGCUGCACCGGUUACACCACCUGACUCCCCGUCUGCUGCACCAAUCACAGAGGAGGAUACUAAAUCAGCUGACCUUGCUCCUCCAACAAGGGAGCUGCCUCCAUCUCCUCCACAGCGACAGAGGAAGUUAGAAGAUGCGCCAGAUGAAGAACCAGGCCUCCCCAGCUCCACACCGGAGGUGACAGCAGUGCAGCCAGUCAGAAUGGAGGGGACGCUGGAGAUCAAACUGAAACAAGGAGGAAACAAGGGUCUGGAGCACUGGGAGGAGGUGUUUGCUGUCCUGGAAGGAGAGACGCUCAGCCUGUUUAAAGACAGAGCAGCUGCUGCAGAGAAGACCUCUAGGUGGCCUCCUAUCAACAUGGUUGGAGUUGUCUGCAGGGAGAACGUUUACUUCAGGAGGAAGGACAACACAUUCAAACUGAUACUGGGGGACGGCAGUCAGUAUCUGUUCGCAGCGUCCAGCAGAGAACUCCAGCUGCUGUGGAUGAAGAAGCUCCGAAACUGCACUGAAUCUGCCGGCAGCGACUCUGACGACUCAGGGAGAGCGUCAUCAGUCAACCUGAGUUUGGAGAAGUUGGCCGAGGCUCCGGAUGAUUCGGCCUCGACCAAACCGCUUGACAGGAGACCCGAGAGCCUGGAGAGACAGUCAUCCACGGAGGGGCAACCUCCUCCCAAACCCCCCCACACAUACUUCAACAAACACCGCUACCCUGAGGAAGAGGAGGUCAGGAGCACAGGUACACAGAGCCGUCAAAACCAGCCCCCUUUAGUGCCUCCUCCCCCACCCCCCGACACCCAGGACCCCCCCACUGUGACCCCCCAGGUAACAGACGACAACAAAGACAAGUCGAGGAGGAGCGUCUUCAGGAAGUUUUUCACUAAGAAGUAGAGCUUUGAGUCUCUGCAGCCGUCCUUCCUCAUCACCUGUCGGUUUCCUUCAUCCUGGGAAGCCAAAUGGUGCAGGUGACUCAGCCACUGACGGCUUUCGCUUCUUCAAAGUUUUGGACGUUAAUAUUUGAAUAAUAAGAUUUACCACUCAAGUACAAUUUCCAGACAUGAGGCUAGAGGAGGUGUCAUCAGAUGCCAAGUAAAAUUUGUUUUACUUACAAAGUGCUUUUAUGUGACAUGUUCACAAAGUGCCUUACAGAAAAUAAAGGACCCAGUGACUAAAAAUGAGCGAUCUUAAAAUCAGAAAUCUAAAAACUCUGAGCACAGACGAGCUCUUGACCUUGGAAACAGCAGUUGAACAGAAAAAUCUUAACUCAAGGUUCACUUACUGACUUUUUCCAGAUCCGCGGGGUUCUUUCCGCUACGGAAAGCCGAUAGAUGCAGUUGAAAGCCCUGAAUAAAGCUAGUAAAUUGACCCUUGAGUUAAUUUUCUUUUCUUACUCAAACGCUUUUUAGUUGUUUGUUUAAGAGGAAUGCGCUCUUGUUCCUAUAGAGUGUGAAUGCUGUUUGAAAGUGAUGUAAUGACUAAGAAUAAUUUUUCCUACGUCCAUGAAAAUAAGCAAAAGAAAAACGCGAGGUGUGGGUGAGAUGUUCGCACGCUGUACACGUUAACUCUUAAAUCAACAUAUUUCUUGGAUUGUUGUGAAAAAUGUUAAAGAGCCACUUAACGUCCUGUUUUAGCUUCGCAAACUUAAAAAAUGCAUUCAAACCCACCACGGUAAACCGCUAGCUUAGUAGUUGUAGUAUUUAUAAUAAUAAUAAAUAAAUAAUAAAACUUUAUUUAUAGAGCACUUAUCAAAACAAAGUACAAAGUGUUUCACAACAAGAGAAAUAAAAUACAUAAAAUACACAAAAGCAAUAAAAUAAACAGUAAAAUAAACAGCCAGUUCAGGUAAAAUCAGGAUCUGCUUUCAGAUAAAAAUGUGUUUUGAGACGAGACUUAAACGAAGACUCUGACUCAGACAGCCUGAUGUCUUCGGGCAGGUUGAUCCAGAGCCUCGGGGCCCUGAUGGCAAAACCUCUGUCCCCCUUAGUUUCCAUCCUGGACUCAGGAACAGACAGGAGACCCCUGCCCAAAGAUCUCAGACUACGUGAAGGUUCAUAAGGUCUAAAAUAUAGUCCGGAGCCAUGAAGAGCCUUAAAAGUAAUCAAUAAGAUCUUAAAAUCAAUCCUGAAACAAACAGGGAGCCGAUGUAAAGAGGCUGAAACAGGUGUGAUGUGGUCGCACCUCUGGGUCCUGGUUUACAGCCGAGUAGCCGAGUUCUGUACAGUCUGCAGGCAAGUUUUUUGAUUAAGACGAGUGAACAGGCUGUUACAGUAAUCGAGGCGUGAAGAGAUAAAAGCAUGUACAACAGUUUCUGCAUCAUUAAGAUUUAAAAUAGAUCGUAUUUUUGCAAUAUUUCUGAGGUGAUAUGUUAUAUGUUAUCUUAGUGAUAUGUUGCUCAAAACAUAAACCAACAUUUCUUGCAACAGGUUUGAUAUGUUUUGACAGGUUACCAGUAGAUGGCAGUAUUUGUUUAGUGAUGUGUUGGGGCCCAAUAACAAGGAUUUCAGUUUUAUUUGAGUUGAGCUGAAGAAAAUUUAUCGACAUCCAGUGUUUUAUGUCGGACAGGCAGUCCUACAGGGAACUCAGCGUACUGAGGUCAGUGGGCUCGACAGGGAGGUACAGCUGAGUGUCAUCCGCAUAACAACGAAAUUAAAUACCAUGUCUGCGGAUGACAUCACCCAAGGGAAGCAUGUAUAAGGAGAACAAUAUUGGUCCCAGAAUUGAACCUUGAGGCACACCGUACUUGAUACGGGAAAAGGAUGACAUGAAGUUAUUAAUGCUGACACAGAGUUUCCUAUUUCUGCUAUUAUUAGUAUUUCUGCUGCUACCACUCGGGGUACGUCAUAGACCUUUGGGAGGUCUAGAGGACACGAAAUACUUCUGUUGUAAUGAACAAUAUAAAGUGAGACCAAGAUCAAUAUAUAAUGUAAAAAUUUUAAAAAAAAGUGCAUUUAGUGUAACUCUUGAAGUUAACGGCUCCUAGUGACGGAAGUGAAACAAAAUGGCGGUUCAGUCUGAUUAGCAGGCUGUCAAAUUUAGAAUGAAUCAAACGUCAGUGGAAACUCAUCAGUCUUUGUUUCUGAGUCUUUACCCGAGGCAGAAAACGGACAGCUCGCAGACGCAAGUUUGAUUUGAGGGGAAGUCCUGCGGCUGACAGCAGCCGAAUGUGUGCGGCCGUUUUUUAUCGGAGAUAUUUCAGACGGGUCUGUAGUUGUACGCCGGCCUUAACUUUGCUCUUAGUCUGAUGUAAAUUACACACUUUCACAAAAAAUAACUUAUUUUAAGCCUAAAACGUCAGCCCCCCAGGCUAAGAGCCAUGUUUCCAUGGUAACAAUCAGUGACACCUGCUGACCCGUGUUUCCACGGUAACAAUCAGUGACACCUGCUGACCAGUGUUUCCAUGGUAACAGGCAGUUCUUCCAGAGAGCUACAGCAGAGUGAACGGAGCUGAGCAGUCUGACCGUGGACGUAUGGACUCGGUCAGCCAUGUUUUUUAUUUUUUAAUUUUUUUUAGUUUGAACAAACUUUAUUUAUCCAGAUUUCAAAGCAGAGUAGUUUCUACUUAAGACAGUCAGGAACUAGACGUCUGUCUGAAAUCUGUUAGUUCGAUCUAAACCGGAGUCAAAGUCCGGAUCCAGGUCGUCGUUUAAGAAACAGAGAGACAGACGGAUGUCAUGUCUGACGUUAACGCUCUGCUUGUGUGUCUGAUCUAAAACAGUUUGAAGUGACUUCAUCUCAAAAUAUGAUUUUUUUUUUCCACCUUUGAAAAGUGACACUUGACAGCAAAUCAAUUCAAACCAAUUUGUGACAUUUAGGAGCAGAAAAGGUUCCUGGAGACAUCGCACGGCGUAAAGAUAAAACCCGUUUUAAUGCUUUUAAAAGAUGAACUUUGGUUCAGUGUUUUUGGAAAUGAACUCCAUUUAUUUAUUAAUGAGCAACAAAUCCAAACAUCUUCACACUCAUCCUCUCCUCCAUUCAAUCAGAUCAAUAAGUCAAUCAUUAAAAAUAAUGAGUCAGAUUAAGACUUCAGGAGUUCUGACACUUACUCAGUUUGGGAAAUUAAAGUCAAUUGAAGUGUUUGAGAGUCAUUCAGUUUAUGAAUCAUAAACAUCUGACGUCACUUCAUCGUUUAUCUGUUGGCGUUUCUCAGAUCAGACAAAGUUAUUUAUGUUCAGCGUUUUAAAUUAAAGCUUUUGAUAUUUUUGUGUUAAUUGAUAAUCUCAUUGAUCACUGUAAGACUUCUGCACUGCAUUAACAAUGUGGUACAUUAUGGAAAAUAUUGUUAAAACUGCAGAUUCACAGAUGAACCAAACUCAUUAAUUUGAUUGAAUUGCACUGAAUGUUUUAAUUAAAUAUUUCCACAUUU